AUGGCUGCCGAUUACUGGGCAGCAGUGUACCCGGGGCGUCACGUGGACCGCACCUUCACGGUGUGCUACCUGCCUACCUGCCUGCUGCUCAUCGGCGUGUUCAUCCGCUUCCCCAAGCUGCUCAGCCACAGGGCGCGCAUCCUCACAGGCUUCGGGGGCUUCUUCACAUUGAUGCUUGCAGUCCCGAUGAUCGACAUCGUGUUCGUGACGGACGCCAGCACCGACGGCCCGCCGGGCGCCUACAGCCUGCUGCUGCUGACGGUGCUGCUCGUGGGCGUGCUGGACGGCGUGUCACAGGGCGCCAUCUUUGGCGACGCCGCGGCCCUGCCCAGCGAGUACACGCACGCUGUGGUGGGCGGGACGGCCUCCUCUGGCGCGCUCAUCAGCCUGCUGCGCAUCGCCACCAAGGCCUCCCUGCCUGCCACGCGAGAGGGGCUGCGGAAGAGCAUCGCACUGUACUUCGGCCUCAGCGCCGCGCUUAGCCUGGCCUGCUUUGGCGUGUAUUCGGCUGUCCUGCCGAGGCUUGGCGUAGUCGCGCACUGGCGGCGGCGGCGCACAUCAGCGGCGGCGGGCGGCGGCAGCGGCCACAGCACCCCCCGGCGAGGCAGCCUGGAUGGGGGCAGCGGAGGGUUCGCACGUCGCGUGAGCUCGCUGAGCGAUGGCGCGCAAGGCGGCAGGGGUGUUGGAGGCGCGCCACCUUUGUCGGAUGAGGAGCCUUUGAUUCACGAAAACCACGAGGCCGGCGCACAUGAAUCAGCGACCGAACAUCAGCAGGGCCACGGCAAGCGCAGCGCCGCUGCGCCGGGAUGGCGCGAGUGCUUGAUGUCUGUCUGGCGGCUUGCCCUGGCCAUUGCGCUGAUUUAUGUGGUGACAAUCGCCAUCUUUCCUGGUGUCUUGGCUGAAGACUCCCACAACGCCACCCUGGGCGACUGGUACCCUCUCAUUCUCAUGACCCUGUUCAACUUCUCAGACCUCGCGGGCAAGAAUGCACCUCUGCCCAAGUUGACACAGCGGGGCCACCGCACACUGCUGGGCUGGUCGACCGCACGGGCCCUGUUCCUGCCGCUUUUCCUGCUCGCCAUGCGCCUUGGCGCGCCGGCGGCGGUGAUUGGGGCGCUCACUGUCACGCUGGGCGUAAGCAACGGGUACCUCACUGCGCUGGUGAUGACGAGCGCGCACGACGCCGCCCCCAAUGUAGCUGCCGCUGACAUGCUGGAAAAUCUGAUGGUGUUCAGCCUCGUGCUGGGGCUGCUGCUGGGCGCGCUGCUAGGGUGGUGCUGGGUACUGUGA